AUGACUGCGACGAUCUCUCAGCGCUGCCUCGUUCAGGUUAAUGCUCCAGUGACGACGACCCAAGAGCUUCCGCCAGUUGGACUGCAGCAAGAGAAUAUGGUACUGUCAGACGGUCACGCACGGACAGCACUGGUCACGGUGAUACUGCAACACAUGAAUACCUGUCUUCUGAUGCCAAGACGGUAUUUUCGUGCCGCUUCGACAAGCCAUGCGAUGUUCUUGAUGUUUCCACGGGGCCAUGUUAUCACCGGCACGAGCUGGGGGUGCUGGUCUGCGUAUGUUUUCUUCCAAGGAAAUCUUCAAUUUCAAGGCGGCCAAGACAGGAGCAGACGAGCAAGGUCUUGGGAAUCAGAGAGUAUUUACUUGAGGAUGUCGACAAUUUCUGAGAGUGAGGCCGUCGUACAAAUGAGGAGAGGAAAACAAGAGGAAAAGAAUGAGAUGGUCUUCGUAAAAGGGAAGGAGCCGACCUGCACAGACUUCGACGUUCUUGCGAGCAACUCGGCUGAGUCGAUGCUCAACAGCUCGUGCUUUGCGACGGAUCUGAAACGUUAUCGUGCUUUCCUGUCCCAGUCGAUAGACACUCAAACCGUGGAGAAGGUCAACAAAACAGAUAAAUCUGAUCCCAGCCGUGGAGAAGAAAUUUAUGUAACAACAUCUUGGAGAUAUAUUUAUCUGCUUGUCAAGGAAACGAGCAUGAUUCUCUGGAUCUAUGGAGAUCCCUCCGAUACAACCUCUGUUCCAGAUAGCGAUGUAGCUAUGCAAUGGGGAACAUAUACGAGAUCGCGCUCGUUGGGCUUUCGAAAACGUUUACUAAUACAAGAGGGAACACGAGAGGUAGAAGCUAUCUAUAAUCCUUCGCUGUUCGUUGAGCACUCUUGUGUGUAUGCUAUGGGGGUCCAUUCUUUGCAGGAAACCUUCGCUCUGAAUGUAUCUUCUGUCUGGAAGGAAGGCCACAAUACACAUCGACAUAUUCAUUCAUCUUCCGAACUUCUUUGUACGACACGAGGGACGGCGAAGCGAAGACUCGGCUGA